GCAGCAGUUGAUGCUUCCGAGAGUGAACCUGGAAACAAAAUCGUCGAGUUGGAAAGGAAUGAUGCUGAAGGACAAGCAGCAGUUGAUGAUUCCGAUAUUCAACUUGGAAAAGAAAGUCCGAUAGAACCGAGUACCGAAGCAGUAGAGGCUGCAGAGGAGGAACUCGUGGAUGCAUCAGAGGAAGAGGAAGAGACCGUUACUGCUCAGGAUACAUUGGAGGCCGAGGAAGAGGAUGAUGCUACUGGUAAUGCUGGUGAAGAGGAUGAGGAUGGUAAUGUUGGUAUUGGUAAAGAUGGUAUAGGUGCUGGUAAUGAUGAAGCUAGUAAGGAUGGUGCUGGUAAUGAUGAUGAUGAUGAUGAAGAUGAUUCUCAGCCACUGCCGCCAGAGAAGAUGUUUUUAGAUAGUUCAGAAUACACCCAAGGGUGUAAAAUAGGAAGUAGGUGUAAUGUCACUGAGACAGUGAAGUGGAUAGAGAAAGAGUUUAAAGAGGAAGCCGGAUGGUUCAGAAGCCACCCUCAGUUCAAGCAUAUAUUCCACAUGCCUAGGGUGCCAAACCACAUGACUCAAGGCAUGUGGAUGCUUAUGCUGCGCACAGUUGAGACAGAUAUGGUGAGGGAGUGCUGGUUUGUGGUUAAUGGAGUACCUAUUAGGUACUCCAUCAAAGAGCAUGCGUUGCUAACUGGGUUUAAUUGCAAGGGAUACCCGGAGAAACAUGAGAAAAUAGGGAAUGAGAAGUUUGUGAAGAGAAUUUUCAGAAGGACUGAGAAGAUAAAGGCAUCUGAUGUUUUAGCUAAGUUGAAGGAGAAGUAGAGUUGGAAAGGAGAUGAUAAGAAGAAGUUACUAGUCUUGUAUUUCCUAUGCAAGGUAGUAAAAGCAAGCUCAAAAAGUGAUGGAAACAUAGAAUCCUUUCUCUUAAGGAUUGUUGAUGAUUUGGAUGCAUGUGAGACAUAUCCAUGGGGCCGCUAUUCAUUCUUCGAAUGUAUGAAAGGGAUUCGUAAUAUGAUGAAGAAUUUGAAUGGGUCUGUCAAACCUAAAGCUCAACCUAGCUUUAGUGGAUUCAUUGUACCUCUGGACAUUCUGCCUUAUGAGUGUAUUCCACAUCUUGGACUGAAAUAUAGAGUACUUGUACGUGCAGCAAAUGACUAUCCAAGGAUGUGCAAGCACAAGUUUAAAGAAUCUGCCAUGAAAGGUAUCCCUUUGGAAGAAUUAUAUCAAGAGCUUGGGACUAGUAAGGUUAGAAUUUCUGUCUUCAUUAGAUUAUUUGGUUUGUGUCAUGUAUUUGAGAAAGAGUGUAAGUUAAAUGUAUGUGUAUUCACAGGAUAUUGACAGCAUCUUGGUACCAGACCAAUAUGAGAAAUCUCUGUUGGCUGGAAUCAUUGAAGAUAAUGUUGAUGAUGGUCUAGGGCAUAUUGAUAUCAUUGUUGACAGUUGGAGAGAGCGUCUAGUAGAAAAGAAGAAAGAGAUAUGGUGGGAAGGAAUGUACCAGCUGGACCAAGCGUCCCGAGAGAUUGGAAAUAAGUUUCUUGAGAAUGAAGACCCUUCUCAAGAAGUCCCUGAGCAAGAAGUCCCUCAAUGUGACUUCCCUGAGAAAGAGAGUGCUGAUUUGGCGGCUGUUGUUGCAUCUAUUACCUUACUAACAUAGGUGGUGAACAAUGGCUUUCAAGACAUUCAAGAGAAGUUUAAGGACAUGGACAAUAGAGUGAAGACUCUUGAAGUGUCUGUGGCAGCUCAGGGAUAUCAUAGUCCUCAGUAUCCGGCAUAUGGGUCGCCUCUGGAAACACAAUAUGGGACAAGGACUAAUUUUGAGUGUGGGCAGCCGAGUCAAACCAUGGAUUUGGUUUUGUAUAAUCCCAUUUCUCCAACUGUUCCGGAACAAGGUGAUGAGGAGGAGAAAAAGAAUGAGGAAGAGAUGAAAGGAAAAGAGAAGAAGAAGGGCAAGAAGAAGGGCAGGAAGCCGCAAGAGGGUGGACCUGUAAUAGCAACCGGACAGAAGCGAACAAGGGCAGCUUCCCAACAUAUUAAGACAUCAUUUGUGGAAGUGCAGCCAAAGAGAAGGAGAAAGAAGUAAGAACUGUGGUUGAUGUGUGCUGGUGGUGUAGGAAAAAACUUUGAAAUCUUUUGGACACAAUUAUUUGUGUUUUGAACUAUUAGGAACUAUGGUUGUUAUGUAGGAACAAUCUUUUGGACAUAAUUUGUGUUCUCGGAUUUACUAUUUCUUGUUACUACUAGGAACAAUCUUUUGGACAUAAUUUUGUGUUUGAACUACUAGGAACAAUCUUUUGGACA